AUGAUAGUAUAUAGCUUAAAUUUAAGAACUACUGUGAUAUUCUCCGAUUAUCAGAUACAAAAGCUUUCUCAGAAUGUAACCAUGAGUUCAACACAAAUUACGAGAAGUUAUGGGAAUCACAGACGUGGGAGUCGUGAUUCUAUUGACAGUGGUGAUGAAAGUGAUUACGAAGAUUCCGACGAUGAAGAAUCAAACCGCAAACGGAUAUCACGUCGUCAUAAAAAGAAACGGGUUAAAAGCCGUAUACCAGAUUACGAUGAGUUUGCAAGAUUUCGUGAUUCGAGUCGACCUCCUGAUAGUCAUUACACAUCAGUAAAACCCUCAUCAUCUUCGUCUGACAAAGCAUCUGUUGCACCUCAAGAACCAUCUGCUCCAAGUGAAGAACCAUCUGGGCCAAAUGAAGAACCAGCCCCACAAGACGAAGAAUCUAACACAAAAAAGUAA